CGCCGUGAAGCGGGCGGGGCUGGGCCUGCUGCGGGGCCCUGAGGGAGCGGGGGGGUGCGGGGCCCGGCGCGGGGCACCCAGCCGGGUACCCAGCCGCUGCCGUGAGGUGUUAGGCGCGGGGGCCAUGGGGGAGCAGAAGGCGGUGAUCAAGGACACGGACAUGGCGGAGGAGAUGCAGCAGCAGGCCGUGCAGUGCGCCGUUCUGGCCGUAGAGAAGUACGGCCUGGAAAGAGAAAUUGCCGCCCUUAUAAAGAGGGAGUUUGAGAAGAAAUACAGCCCCACGUGGCCCUGCGUCGUAGGAAGGAAGUUCGGCAGCUACGUGUCCCACGAGACCAAGCACUUCAUCUUCUUCCUCGUGCGCGGCCUCAACGUGCUCCUGUUCAAAGCUGGCUGAGCCGUGCGUUGCUCGCAGAGCCGCGCGUGCUGCGGGGCGGCACGCCAACAGCGACACGUACAUCGGUGGACGUGUCCUCGCCGGGGACGGAGACCUUGGCACGGGUACCAUCGGGGGCAUUCCUGCUGGUUUUGCUGCGUUUAGGGGAGAAAUAGCCCCAGAAGUCCUUUGUAUUUAUUUUCUUUCCAGAGUCAGCUUCUUAGUUAAUAAAAACGUUACGUGUUUUAA